CUCAAUAUAGACCGUUGCUCCGCCAAAGCAUCGUCUUCCGCCCGCUUCCGCGUCCCUCGACGACAUCCCGAGAGACUCCAUUCCUACCUACGUCUAGGAACUGUCCUAUUAUAGCGACAUUUUCACAAUGUCUUCUUCUACCAAUUCCAAUCAUACGGUCACUAUCCAGAACCCGUUGAAGGAUAUCACCAACUGGAUCGACUGGUACGAAGAGAUCAAGAACUACGCCCAACGCAUCAAAGUUUGGGACUACGUCAACCCAACCUUCGUCGAAAGCCCUGCCUCAGAAGGAAAGGAAGCAGUAAAGCAACCUAUCCAUAAGGAUCCUGCUCUUCCUCCUAGUCCAUCUGGAAAUGAGACGAACCCUGACAUACAAUGGCUCUGGAAAACCUUCGAAUACGAGAAAAGAGCAUACGAUCUCCGUGAGGCUGAACUCAAGAAUCUCGCCAACGCUAUCACCGCUUCCGUCAGUGGUGGUAUGACUCGGUAUAUCAAGGGCAAAUACCUUGCCAAGGACAUGUUGCAGUCACUCCACCGUUACGCGGCUCCACAGUCAACCAAAUUGGCAUCUUACCUUGAAGAAGAGUUCAACCGUUUGAAGAAGGGAAAGAAGAACCGGAAUCAGUCUAAUCUAGACUAUGCCAACGAUUAGCUUAAGUUGCAAGAGAAGAUUGAGUCUGUCCGAGAUCUUAUUGAUCAUCUUACUGACCGAUAUAUCUGCCGAGCUUUUAUAGCCGCCGCUAAUUCCAUUAAUAAGGAAUUUCGGACGCACGUCUAUACCCGCAUCGCUGGAGACACGCUUAGCCCUACCCUUGCCGACCUUCCUACACUCGUUGAUUGGUUCCUCGGCUUUGAAAUCUUCCACAACGACCAAGACUCUUCGCAGAAGUUCGCUAACGUAACCCUCGAAGUUGCUGAACACCAACAUCAACCGCAAAGAGGACAACGUAAUGCAAAGGUUCCGUACAAAGACUGCAUCUGUGGAGUGAAACAUUGGUAUGGGGAA